AUGUCUUCCGCUGUCGUACAUGGCGAUGACCUUGACAUGGAGCCGACACUCCAAUCGGUCUUGAGCCAAAAAACCCUCCGCUGGAUCUUCGUCGGAGGCAAAGGUGGAGUGGGUAAAACAACCACCUCCUGCUCACUCGCCAUUCAGCUCGCCAAAGUCCGCAAAUCCGUCCUUCUCAUCUCCACCGACCCUGCCCACAAUCUGAGUGAUGCUUUCGGCCAGAAGUUCGGCAAGGAGGCCCGUCUUAUCGAUGGCUACACAAACCUCAGCGCUAUGGAGAUCGACCCCAACGGAAGUAUCCAAGAUCUGCUGGCUAGCGGAGAUGGACAGGAUGACCCGAUGGCUGGGUUGGGAAUGGGAAACAUGAUGCAAGAUCUUGCAUUUAGCAUCCCCGGUGUUGACGAAGCCAUGUCCUUUGCCGAAGUCCUAAAGCAAGUCAAGUCACUCUCAUACGAAGUCAUCGUAUUCGACACCGCGCCGACCGGCCACACCCUCCGCUUCUUACAGUUCCCCACCGUACUGGAGAAGGCACUGGCCAAGCUCUCGCAGCUAUCGUCGCAAUUCGGCCCAAUGCUGAACUCUAUCCUUGGUGCGCGUGGCGGUCUGCCCGGUGGACAAAACAUGGAUGAGCUUUUGCAGAAGAUGGAAUCGCUGCGCGAGACUAUCAGCGAGGUGAACACACAGUUCAAGAAUGCGGACAUGACCACGUUCGUGUGUGUGUGCAUUGCAGAGUUCCUGUCGCUGUACGAGACCGAACGUAUGAUCCAGGAAUUGACGAGCUACGGUAUCGACACUCACUCCAUCGUUGUGAAUCAGCUGCUGUUCCCCAAGGAGGGAAGUGGCUGUGAGCAGUGCAAUGCACGACGGAAGAUGCAGAAGAAGUACCUCGAGCAGAUUGAGGAGCUGUAUGAGGACUUCAACGUCGUUCGUAUGCCAUUGUUGGUGGAGGAGGUGCGCGGAAAGGAGAAGUUGGAAAAGUUUAGUGAGAUGCUCGUACAGCCUUAUAUCCCUCCGCAGUGA